AUGGGGGAUGAUGGCAAGGAUGAGGAGCGUGUGUACGGCGGCUGUGAGGGCCCGGAUGCCAUGUACGUCAAGCUGAUCUCCUCGGACGGACAUGAAUUCAUCGUGAAGAGAGACCAUGCACUCACCUCGGGCACCAUCAAGGCCAUGCUCUCUGGUCCUGGACAGUUUGCUGAGAACGAGACGAACGAGGUCAACUUUAGAGAGAUCCCGUCACAUGUGCUUCAGAAGGUGUGCAUGUACUUCACUUACAAAGUGCGCUACACCAACAGCUCCACAGAGAUCCCCGAGUUUCCCAUUGCUCCGGAGAUCGCCUUGGAGCUCCUCAUGGCCGCCAACUUCCUGGACUGCUAAAGGAAACCCGACAUACAGUAGAGGACAGACAGAAGAGGUCACACCACCUGCCCUCCACUUUCCUCAAAGCUAAAAAGAAGGAAGAAACAACUCAGAUAAUUUUGAUUAGGGAGGGGAACAUAACUUUAUAUGCAUCCAGGUUCAUACUUUUUCUUUCUCCCUUUCCCUUCUUUUCUCUUUGGUGUUUGCCUCAUGCACCAUGAUGAAAGGUUUACUUCCCGCCCUAGAGGAAGGAGGAGGAGGCUGUGGAGCGUUUUGAUACCCUAGUACGUGUUGCCACAUUCGUCAAUUCCUUAUAUUACCAAGCUGCUCUGUUCAUGCAGUUGAAAUUUUCUUGUUGAUGGUUUGAAGAUUUUUUUGAGAACUCUGUUUUCUUUUAUUUUUCCUUCCUAGCAUAACAAAUCGUCUCCUCUUAGUUGAAUAAGAUAGCUUUAAAUAUUUAUUUCCCCAUAAGGCUCUGGAGCACGGCAGCUGAUCAGUGAUAGUUUGUCUGUCACAGUAUAAAGAAAGAUUAAAAGAUCAAUUUUUGUAAGGUGAACCAUAAGCAAGCUACUAUUAGACAGCAAUUAUUAAUGUAAGAGCAAAAUGGUGCUGCAGUUUACAUUAAUUUACUGCAAUUCUUUGUAUGGUAUAGUAGGUUAGUCCCAGAGCCUCUGUAGUACUGCUAAUCAUAGCAUGUGCACAGGUUUUCACUCAGAAACGAACAAGACCAAGUGUUUUACUAAACCUGAAAGACGUCAAACCAAAAAUAAGAUGCAUUGCGUGACAAACCGCUAAGCAAGGAAGAGAGGUUUGUUAGAUAUGUUUGUCAUCCUUUGUGAGGAAUGAUUUCAUUGUUACAAAUGUGAAAUUGCUGUAAUGAUAUCUUACACUGUACAUAAAAUAUAUAACUAGAUCCAUUAAUUAUGCCAAAUAAGUUGUCAGAUUUUCAAGGUUCAGGUGUUUUUUGUUUUCCCUUCUUUUUUACAAUUCACGGAAGGCAGCGAGGGUCUCCUCGUGAUGCCUUCUCAACAUUCGCCUCGCCCGGAAUGACGGUUUCCAAGGGCAGGCCUCACUGUGUCUUAGUGCUCACAACACUCACACCGGAACUACUAAUAAAAGUGCUUUCUAUUGGGCUUUGUAUGUUUUGUUUCGUACAAUUUGUGCAAAAGCCUCAUGUGUCAUUGUUCUGAAUAAAUUAUUGGUAAUCA